CUCGUCGGAACCUCCCUUCCCGUGCAGAGCCCGGCUGUGCCUUUUCCAUCUACAGUGGCGCCAGCACUGCGGAGCCCGAGCCCGGGCCUCCAUCGCCAGACCCGGACUAGCUUCACCCCAAUUUUUUUCCUUCGCCUCCCCCCUUUUCUUUUCUUUACUGCCCCUUCUUCAUUUGCAUCUUCUCCUGCAUUUUUUAAACCUCCAAGAUGGUGCAAAAGAAAACAGAACUCAAAGGUUUCCACCGUUCCUUUAAGGGCCAGAACCCGUUUGACAUCGAAUUCUCCCAGUCCACUCACCUGGAAUCUGUCUUCAACUUCGAAUGCCCCUCUCGGCCCGACAUGCCUUCAAGUCAGCCCAUUGACAUCCCCAACGCGAAGAAACGAAACAAAAAGAAAAAACGCUGUCGGGCCACAGAUAGCUUUUCCGGAAGGUUUGAAGACGUUUACCAACUCCAAGAAGAGGUCCUCGGAGAAGGCGCUCAUGCAAAAGUCCAGGCCUGUGUUAACCUCAUUACCAAUAAAGAGUAUGCAGUGAAGAUUAUUGAGAAGCGUCUCGGACACAUCCGGAGCAGGGUCUUCCGGGAAGUAGAGAUGCUGUAUCAGUGCCAAGGACAUAGGAACAUCCUGGAGCUGAUUGAGUUCUUUGAGGAGGAAGACCGGUUCUAUCUCGUGUUUGAGAAGAUGCGAGGAGGUUCCAUCCUGACCCACAUCCAUCGCCGCCGCCAUUUCAACGAGCUGGAGGCCAGUAUGGUUGUGAACGACAUCGCCAGCGCCCUAAAUUUCUUGCACAACAAAGGAAUAGCACAUAGAGAUUUAAAACCAGAAAAUAUCCUUUGUGAAAGCUCCAAUCAGGUUUCUCCCGUGAAAAUCUGCGAUUUCGAUCUAGGAAGCGGGAUCAAGCUGAACGGCGAUUGCUCACCCAUCUCAACUCCAGAGUUGCUCACCCCGUGCGGCUCGGCUGAAUACAUGGCCCCGGAGGUUGUGGAAGCGUUCAACGAGGAAGCCUCGAUCUACGACAAGCGAUGCGACUUGUGGAGUUUGGGGGUCAUCCUCUACAUCAUGCUGAGCGGCUACCCGCCUUUUGUGGGCCACUGCGGGACCGACUGCGGCUGGGACCGCGGCGAAGCCUGUCCCGCUUGCCAGAACAUGUUAUUUGAAAGCAUCCAGGAGGGGAAGUACGAAUUCCCCGACAAGGAUUGGGCUCACAUCUCUUUCGGAGCCAAAGACCUCAUUUCCAAGCUGCUCGUCAGGGAUGCCAAGAAGCGCCUCAGCGCAGGCGAAGUUCUCAAGCACUCGUGGGUGCAAGGGUGUGCUCCAGAUAACACUCUCCCAACCCCAAUCAUUCUUCAAAGGAACAGCUGUGCCAAAGAGCUGACGUCCUUUGCGGCCGAAGCCAUCGCCGUCAACCGCCAGCUGAUGCGGGACGAGGAGGACGAGGCUGCCGUGGAGUCGCACUCCCCCAUCAUCAUUAAAGCUACCUCACGCUCCAUGCAGCUCUCCCCGCCAUCCGAGUCAAAGCUGGCCAAGCGGCGGCAGAAGACGAGCAUGGCAAAAUUGGACGCCAACCAGCAUCUGGUUACGCCGUUGGUCCUGGUGGGAGACCACAUGUGAACGCACCUCCCUCCUCCCGGCUGCGUGUACAUCCCCGUCCCCCCCCCUCCCAUUUUCGGACAAUAUAUCUCUAUAUAUGUAUACUGUUUUUGAUAGGGGGGUGGGAAGAAAAACAAGAUCAGGCCCCCUCUUUCAAGUUGGCUGGAUUCCAAGGAUCUAUUCUCUUCUUUUUUCUUUUUGUUUUGUAUUGUUUCCUGGUCUUGUUUGAACACUGGCUCCUCUCGACUCCCCCCCCCAACUCCCCUCCUUUUCCCUUUAUAAAUCUCUCUUAAAGGAAAAAGAAAAACCAACCUCCGUAUUAACCCACAGGUUUUUUUUUAUUAAUUCCGCCCCAAAAGGUUGCAUUUUGACACACAUGUAAUAUAAUUUUGUUUUGUUUUUUUAAAAAAUUAAUUGCUUUCUCUGCCCCCACUUCCCUCCUGCUUCUUUGGAAACACCAGGUUGACACCCCCCCCCCGGGGAAAAGCUUAAAAAAAACUGGCUACUGUUACUCUAUUUUCUGUUGCCUCUUUUUAUACUGUGAAAAUAUUGGGGGGGGGGCACACCCUUAAAAGUCCUCAACUUUUUAAAGGUAGCAUUUUAAGUAUUUGGGUGUAUUAUUCCUUUUUUUCAUUUCCUUUUUUAUGUGGCUUUGCUGUUUCUCUUCCUAUUUCUAAAAAAUGUUUUGUUUCGUUUUCAACCUAACGGAAUUCUAGAACUGAAAAGAACGCUGCGGUUUGAGGGGGGGGUGCGGUGUGUGGAUUUAGGUUUUGCCCCAGAAGGCAUUGUGGGCGUUUAUGGGUGGGUGGGUGGGUGGGUGUCGGGUUUGUAAAGAUCCAUUUGAUUGGGGUGGUGAUAGUGGGCAGAGUCCCCCCCCCAUACACACACCCGAGAGCUGCCGAUUCUGUAAGCUUUGGGGUGGGAGUGUUUGGGGCUUUCUGGUGGUGGUUCUGAGAGCGCCGGCCCAGAGUAUCAAUGGGGUCGUUCUUGUCCACCCCCCACCCCUGCCCCCCAAAAUAACGCAUGCGAUGUGCACUGCCCAUUUUGAUUCAAACCCAGCUUUCCCCCUAUUUCUGCGGGGGGGAAAGAUUGGCCCAAUCAAGAUGGGUUUGUCGCUGCCACACCCCCCACCCCAAAAUGGGAUUGUUUUGUUUAAUGCAAAAGUCACUGCAAGGCAAUCUUUGUUUGCUGCUUUAAAAAAAAAGACGCCCAGAAAUUUACACAAGUGCUUGCACCCACCCCAGGCAUUGCUUGGGUCUAGCUCCUGUCUGUGCUAUGCCAGCUCAGCUGACGGUCAGGAGGAGGAUGGGGGGUUGUGUGUCUGGAGCAACAACUUCUAGAGCGGGCAUCCCCAAACUGCCGCCCUCCAGAUGUUUUGGCCUACAACUCCCAUGAUCCCUAGCUAACAGGACCAGUGGUCGAGGAAGAUGGGAAUUGUAGUCCAAAACAUCUGGGGAUGCCUGUUCUAGAGCCUUGUUUCCCAAACCCCAGCAGUUCUUGGACCACAACUCCCAUGAUCCCUAUCUAGCAGGACCAGUGGUCAUGGAUGAUGGGAACUGCUGUAGUCCCCAAAACAGCCAGAGACCCAGGUUUGGGACACGCUGUUCUAGAGGGUCUCCCAGUCCUCUUUCGGGAGGUUCUGGUUGGCUGUUGUCUCUCUCGCUGCAGCUGUUUCCCAUCCAUUUUGCGGCUGUCCCUCUCCGAGCGAAAAGCUCGGUCUGGUUCAGAGGGAGUCUCUGCUGGGACAGCGUUGUUUGCAAGGUCAUGGCAUAACUGUGCCCAAACUCCAGGCCCUUUAAAUGGGGCUGGGGGGGGGUGCUACCCUCUUCCCUCCUUGCUGGGUGGGUGAGAGGUGAUGGGACUCUCUGCGUUGCCCUCUUUGCAUUGUGCAAAGCAACGUACCUCUGCUGCGAUGGGAUAAGGCAAAGCUCCAUCUCGAGGACCCUUUUCGCUAGUUUUCAAACCAUUUCUAGAACCCUUUGGAGGUUGUAGCCACGGACAAGCGGUUUCAAAUAAAAUUUAAAGAAUUGCCCAGUGUGCCCAGUAAUGACAAACCAGCACUGGCGGAUUCUCCCUAGUUUUGUUGUUGUUUUAAGUUCACUUUAUUUCAGUGUGGCAGCUUUCCCCCUGGCUGUUAAACUUGCUUAAAACUCCUGUCCGGAUGUGCAUAUCUGGAAUUUUGAUAGGAUUGUUUUUUCAGAGUGAUAACUUCUUCUCUUAAUUUCCCCCCCCCUCUCUCUCCCCCCCCCGCCCAAAACUUAAGAAAUACUAUGCAAUAGUUGUCUAGGUAGAGAUAGAUGAUAGAAUUUUUUUUUUAUUCUUCAGGUUACCCUAACUCCCAGCUGUGGGUGAGAGGCAUAAUUGGGUUGUGGAACAGUUUGGCUUGAUUUGUCUACUCCUUCCCUCCCACUUUGGAUCCCCACCCCAAAGAAAACCAUAAUCAGUGAAUAUGGUAUCUAGGAUUGGGUCCAGAGUCAUUCAUACUUACAGUUAGACCAAUUGGCAUUGAUUGACCUAUGUAAGUCCUGUCCAUCAAUUUCAGUGGUUCAGCUCAGAGUAUGAUUCCAUUACACACACACCCCGGGCUGUGAAAUUUAUUGUCGCUUUCUUUUCACGAACAUUCAGCAUCUAGCAAAUGUCCUUUCAAGGGGGUGGGGUGGGGGUCAGAUUGGGCUGUGAGGUUCACCGUCUUCUCACUGUAAAGUUAGUGAGAGUUUUUCUUUUUUAAGGGGUGGGGAAUCCCUUUAUCUUUCUUUUUAAACUUUGUUUUACAACGCAUUUUGUUAUUUGGUUGUAGAGCUUCAUCUAAGGGUAAGAAAUACUUGAACAAUGGACGGCUGUGCACCCAAUGCCUUCUUUUUGGGUCAGAAAAGCUGUCUCAAGGCUGCGGGUGAUGGCUGUGAACUUGUCUUGGGAUGGUGUGUUCCACCCAUCCAGGGCAAGAAGUGAAGGCAACUCUUUGUAUCUGGGACCGAGAGUGGCGGUUUCUACGCUGCUUUUGCUUGCAAGUGCAUUUGCAAAAGAUGUUGCAAGGUUAUCUUCAGUUCCUUUGGUGGAAAGAUGGGAGAUUCUCUCCCCCUUUCUCGGCUGUUAUCUAAGCAGCAGAUUUUCAGAUCUGUUUGGGAACCCUUUCCUCUUUGGGUUUAUUUUGCCUACCCUAAAGAAUUCUGGGAAUUGCCGACUUCUGAGGGCAUAGAGUUCUCUUGAAUGUCCCCAAGUUCCUGUACAGUUACCAGCACUGGGAGCCACAGUAGAUGUACAGUUCCCAGGAUGCCCAGCAUUGGGACCCUUGGUAGAUGCACAGUUCCCAGUGUCCGCAGUACUGGGAGCUACAGUGGUUUAAACAGGUUCAGAAACAGGUUUUAACGUUUGCAGGGGCAACGUUAAAAUGAUAGCCGAUUUCUCCCUGAGGUGGGUUGUUGUUUUUUUGCAGCGGGAGCAGGGUGCCGGGCGUACCUUUGAAAAAACAGCAUACCCUUGUUUUUAAAAGCAGAUCUUUUGAGCACAGGAACACUACCUGUGACGUUUUUUGGGUUUUGUCUAAGCCCACUUAUUCAGUACUACACCAGUACUACGCAUGUAAUAUCUCAGAAACACAUAGUGGUUUCUACAGUAGAAGUUGCAGAUAGGCAAGUUGGUCUGCAGCCACGUCGGCUCCUCCAGAAACAAUGUGGUCCUCGUAUUCCGCUCACCCUGUUCAGGCGGUGGCGACUGUAAGGUCCACGAGUGAUCCUAUUUGCCUCUGAGAGGGCCAGAUAAAUUUGUAUGGGAUCAUGUUCUUCUUCUGCAUUAGUUGAUCCUGUUUUGGGGAAGGUGGGGGGGACGAGUGCCCCCCCACCCCACCCGGUUCAUUACUGAAGGGCCAAAAUUCAGGAGUGCUGGAAACUCCCCCAACAACAAGCCCAUGUUGAGUUGUUGACUCGCAGGGUUGUGGUUAAGCUUGUGUGGUUUGGCUUUUGAACCAAAGUUCUUUGGCAAGAACCACUCCCUUCUCUUCCUCUCUUCAAAUAAAGGGGACUUCUCAGGAUAAUUUCAGCGUGUGAAGGACUGCUCAAAGGUUUCCUUUCCCAACUUCGGUCUUUUUGACUUUUGCCCGACGUUUAAUGAAAACGAAAUGCCAUACACUGCAUGGAGUGUGCAUCAUUGCGCACUGUUGCAAAAUAUGAUGAUUUGGAGCGCUUUAAUAUGGCUGUUGCAGUUCUUCUCCCCCCCCCCCCCAAUGUGCUUAUAUAUCUUCAUAUGCAUACUCUCUCUGGGCAAGGCCGUGCAUUAUUUUGUGUGUGCAAGCGGGCAAUGUGCUAGGAUCACACCACGACGAAGUACCUGGAUUUGGUAGCAAACCAGCAUUAGAAAUCAUUCAGCGUAAUGGAAGCAAAUCCCAUAAUGGAAGUUUAAUCAAGUCCACCUCUUCUCUCCUGAGUGGUGAAUGACUUGCAUCUUUGUGCGUGGAAUUGGGUUUGAGCGUCACUGAAAGUCUGCUCUUCCCACUCCAAUUUCUGAUCGGAUGAUUGUUUUGUGGCUUGAAAAUGCCAGGCGAUGGUGAUGUUCGGCAUGUGGUCGUUUUUGUUGCUUUAAAGAACUGCUGUUGCGAAGACACAAUCCUGCCUUCCCAUUCUUGCGUUGCCAAGUCAGAUCACCCCUUGCUUGGUUGGGGUUGGCUUUUGCCAACAUAGUGAUCCCCCCCCCCCGGCUUGCUUAAACUGGGGAGGAAAGAAGUCCGCUUGAGUUCUAGGGGGGGGGGAGACACAACACUGGCUCAUAAAUUGCAUUGAAAACAACAGUUACGGCUAACUUGUCUAGUUUCCAUUUCAAUGGGGGAUAAGUCAUGAUUAGCCAAUGAGCUGGAUUUUCUCCCCAUGCACCCCCCCCCAAAUAUAUUUAGGCUUUUUGGGUGUGUGGUGAAAUUUUGUUUCUGCUUAAUGUUUAUUCUCAGGACGUGAGCAAAAUUCUGAUCCUUCUCCGUACUCCCGCGAUCGUGCACCUUUUCGUGUGUGUGACCAAAACUGGUGGUGCUUUGAUUUCUUUUUUCCACCGCUCAAUUCAAAGAUAAAACAUGUGUUUUCUUCCUCCUCUUUUUAAGGCUCCCCUCCCUUAACUACUUUACUGGGAAAUAAGUCUUCCUACCACGUCUAACACUGCAAUACAAACCAAAGCUCGAUCUUUUAGCAUGCAAGGGAUUCUGGGCUUUGGAAACGGGGUCAGGUGAACCUGUAUCCUUCCACUUGCUGGGACUCCCAAUCGGUCCUGAGUCUCGCCAGCAGCUGGAUGACCACAGGUUCCCUUCAUCCUUGGCUUUAAGAAUACCCUUUAUUGGAUCGCCAUGAAGUAGUCGGCCACAAUUCCCCUAGUUUGGAAGCUGGAAGUUUAAACUGAGUUCAAAGUUACUUGUCCCCCCAUAGAGAUAUGGGAAACCUCUUGUCUCCAUGAUGGGGACUUAAUCCAGUGUACCCUUUUGACAUCCUCUUAACCAGCCUUCUCAAGGUAGCUUUCCAGGUAUAUUAUCUUUGGUUUGUGUCCCCCCCCCAAAGUCUUUAAACUGUGCAUGGAUUAUUAACCCUUAUAUUGCCAAAGUUCUUAGUUUAAACAUCUCUUUCUUCCACCAACCCAACAAAUGUUUUUCCUUUGUGAAAUUCUUUUAUUGGAAAGCAUCUUUUUUUCCUGUACCUCUUAUUAUGAGUUGUAUUAACUGCAAAUUUGAGGUGGUGGUGGGAAUGUCAUCGCUUUAAACGACGUCUCCUUCCUCUAGAUUUUUCAUUUCCUUAGAUGUUGGUUAGCAACAUUUUACUGUGAAAAUCUGUUUCUUUUCACAUGCUGCUUUUUUUUUGCGGGGGUGAGAUUCAGUCCUGGAGAAAUAUUUUCCUCUGGUUAUCAGAAAGACUGCCAAAGGUUUUGUGGAGCUUUUAAAUUUAAGUUUAUUUCAUUUUUUUGGGACAUGCAGUCACCUUAAUCUACCGUUGGAGACUCUAUGAGCAGCAAGUCCUUCAGAAAGGGACUGGUUCAAAAAAAAAAAAUUUAAAAAAGAAUAAAAAAGAGGAAAAAAAACAUAAAAAUAUAUAAAAAACAAAAACUUAUAAGACAACAGCAAC